GAUUAUUAUGCAUGUGGACGAUAUGCGUGGUCCAUAUGCAUAUCAGGUUAUGGUUUAGGUUAUGUUAGAUAGUGUGUAGAUUGACAAUAACGAUUGAUAAACAUCUAAGCAUUAGUAUUAUUAAGACAGAUGUAAAAAUGAAAGAUAUGGAAAUUAUUGGUUUUGGAGAGUCAGAAGAACUUAAUGAAAAUGACGAAGAUGAAGAAAUUAUGGACAUUAAGAAAAAAGCUUCUAAGAAGUCAGGAGGAUUUCAAUCCAUGGCUCUUAGCUUCCCUGUUCUGAAGGGUAUAUUAAAACGAGGUUAUAAAGUUCCAACACCUAUACAGAGAAAAACAAUUCCUUUAGCUCUUGAAGGAAGAGAUAUUGUGGCAAUGGCUCGGACUGGUAGUGGAAAAACAGCUUGUUUUUUAAUUCCAUUGUUUGAAAAACUCAAGACUAGACAAGCCAAAACCGGAGCACGCGCUUUAAUUCUAUCACCAACGCGUGAACUAGCAAUGCAAACGUUAAAAUUCAUCAAAGAGAUAGGAAAAUUUACAGGAUUAAAAGCUGUAGUAAUAUUGGGUGGAGAUAGUAUGGAUAAUCAAUUUAGUAUUAUUCAUGAAAAUCCUGACAUUAUUGUUGCCACACCAGGUAGAUUUCUUCAUAUAUGUGUUGAAAUGGAUUUACGUUUAAACAAUAUAGAAUACGUAGUGUUCGAUGAAGCUGACAGAUUAUUUGAAAUGGGUUUUGGUGAACAAAUUCGUGAAAUAACUAAUAGAUUACCAGAGACACGAAAUACCUUAUUAUUUUCUGCCACAUUACCUAAAGUUUUAGUAGAGUUUACUAAAGCAGGUUUGAGUGAUCCUGUUUUGAUACGAUUAGAUGUCGAGAGUAAAUUACCAGAAGAAUUAAGUUUAUCAUUUAUUAUUUGUCGUCCUGAAGAGAAAUUGGCUAUACUUUUAGCUCUGUUAAAGAAUGUCAUUGCAAAUGAUUCACAAACCGUAGUAUUUGCUGCCACUAUGCACCAUGUAGAAUAUCUUCAUCAGAUAUUAGACAAAGCAGGAAUUUCAAAUACAUUUAUUUAUUCAAACUUGGAUUCCUCUGCACGUAAAAUAAAUGCUGCUAAAUUUCAAAUGAAUAAAGUUAAAACUUUAAUUGUUACCGAUGUUGCUGCUCGUGGUAUUGACAUACCUCAUUUGGAUAAUGUCAUUAACUUCAAUUUUCCAGCUAAAUGUAAAUUGUUCGUCCACAGAGUAGGUCGUUGUGCACGUGCUGGUCGUACUGGAAUUGCUUAUAAUAUUGUUACUCCUGACGAGUAUCCAUAUCUUUUAGAUUUGCAUCUAUUUCUUGGUCGUUCAUUAAAUAUAGUUCCUUCAUCUGGUACAAGCAAUGACAAGGAAUAUAUAAUAGGAAAAAUGCCUCAAGGCAUGAUAGAAGAAGAACUUGCAGAAUUAAUUAAUUGGCAUAAUUCAUCCACCGAUCUGAAAAACAUGGAAAAAGUUUGCGAAAAUGCUUAUGAACGUUAUAUCAAAUCUCGGCCAGCAGCAUCAUCGGAAAGUGUUAAGAGGGUGAAAGAAUUGAAUAUUAAUUCAGCAGGUAUAAUACCUGAAUAUUCUAAUAUUAAUCCUGCCACGAUGGAUAUAUUAACCAAAAUGAAACAAUACAGACCACAGGGAACAAUAUUUGAAAUAGAUAAAAAAACAUGUUCGUUGGAUUAUAAAAUAAUGAAAGAAAAACGUGCAUUUCACAAAGAAAAUAUUUUAAACUUUCAUAAAAAAAUGGAAACACUAGAAACCAAAAAGAAAGAAGCAACAAAAGAUUUGUCUCAGAAAAGUAUAUUACCUAAAAGUAGUGAGAAUGAAAUCAAUGAAGCAUUUAAUAAAGUUGUAGUACCAAAGAAACGAAAUAUAGAAGAUUUGUAUAAAAAUACUAAGAAGAAAAAACGUUUAGCUGUAAAAGAUGAAGAAUUUUAUAUUCCGUAUUCAGCUCCAGAUAAACAUACAGAAGAUGGAUUGGCGGUAAACAAUUUCACGACAGAAGCAGAAAAAGUACAAUUGGAUUUAGUUGCAGACAAUGAAGAAUCUUUACGGUUACAAACACAGCUUAAAAAAUGGGAUCGUAAAAAGAAAAAAAUGAUAACUAUUAACAACGAUCCAAAAGCUGGUAAAAUUCGUACGGAAUCAGGAGCUUGGAUUCCUGCUACUUAUAAAACAAAUCGUUACACGCAAUGGAAAGAAAAAAGUAAAGUCGAUGCUUUGGAUGAUGAAGACAGCGAAGAAGAAUCACCAAAAUUGCAAAAAUUGCAAACACAUGCCAAUACACAUUGGGCGCGUCAUAAUCAAAAGAUCAAGGAGAAGGUGAAAGGAAAGUCGGAGUUGAAGAGACCGGAACAAAUUUUAAAGGCUCGCAAAUUGUUGGAGAGGAAGAAACGACGAAACGGUAGAAAGAGCCGAAAAGGUCAGAAAAAAGGAGGAAAGUCUCGUUAAAAGAUAUCCAACUGUAUAGAUAGGUAUAUAUAUAUAUAUCUACGUGUUGAAACAUCUUCGUUUUAAAAAUAAACAUUUUUCUUA